AUGGUGACUACUACUCAGCUUCAAAUUGUUCAAUCUCCUAUUACCACCUUGCUUCCUACGGUUUCUACUGCUGUGACAGUCAAGCUUGAUGAUACAAAUUAUCUCACAUGGAACUUUCAAAUGCAAAUUCUUCUUGAGAGUCAUGGCAUUUUGGGGUUUAUUGAUGGAUCACGGAAGUGUCCUACUCGAUAUGAUGAGGACUCUGAUGUUGAAGGUGUUGAAACUUGUAGGGGCUUUUUCUUCCGGCAGCUAAAACAGGUUGGGCUGCCGUAA